CUGAUCUGAGAGCAGCACAAGUGGCUCUGCCGCCCUGCUGCGGCUCGAAUAGCUGGUCUGGGAGCAGCGUGGUGAAAGCAGUGUUGCCGUUUUGUAAACUUUCGGUGCAGAAACAUGUCACUGAGCGUUUUGCAUCUCCGUGUUGGCCGCACGCUGCUCGGCGGCGACGUUAAAGUCUUCCAAAGAGUCCGGUUUCUUCACGGUGUCAUUCGGGGAGAGACCGGGGUAACACACUCGCUCUCACCGCCAAGGAGCUCCUGCUGCCGGCGUCACUCCUGCAGAGCAACAACAUGUCGACAUCAUCUGAGCUCCAGACUGUUUUCCACACCUCCUCCUCCACCUCACGACACAUCAAAUAAGUCUGGGCCUGUGACGUGGAAGUCUUUAGCCAUCACCUUGGCCAUGGGGGGGGCGCUGCUUGGCGGGAUGAAGUAUUUCAAGAGGGAAAAGGAAGAACUGAUGGAAAAGGAGAGGAACAGGUCGAUAGGACGUCCGGCGCUGGGGGGGCCGUUCUGUCUGGUGGAUCACCACAAGAAGGAGGUGAAGAGCGAUGACUUCCUGGGCCAGUGGAUCCUCAUCUACUUCGGCUUCACUCACUGUCCGGACAUCUGCCCGGACGAGCUGGAGAAGAUGAUGGAGGUGGUGGAGGACCUUGACAAAAUCAAGUCCUUACCCAAAGUGACGCCCAUCCUCAUCACCAUCGACCCUGACAGGGACACGCCAGAAGCCAUGGCCACGUAUGUCAAAGAGUUUUCCCCGAAGCUGAUCGGCCUGACGGGGACCAGCGCUCAAGUGGAGCAGGUGUCCAGGUCCUACAGGGUUUACUACAGCCAAGGACCCAAAGACGAAGACAACGACUACAUUGUGGACCACACCAUCAUCAUGUACCUGGUUGGACCCGAUGGACAGUUUGUGGACUAUUUUGGUCAGAACAAAAGAAGCGUGGAGAUCUCCAACGCCAUCGCGGCCCACAUGAGGAAAUACAAGACAGAAAAAUGAUGUGAUGGCCAAGUGGCGCUCGUAUGUGAUGAGCAGACGCUGUUGAUCAGUGAUUGUCAAGACGUUCUUGUCCUGCUGCGUUCAGGUUUUGUCCUCGCUGAGGCUGGGCAUGCUUCGGUGGACCCGAGUCCGAGGUGACCACCACAUGCCCAAAUGGAAAGAUCAUAACUUGUUUGUGUGUUUGUCAGGGUUUACUUCAAAAUAAAGUCAUCAGGCGUGUGGAUGAUGA